GUUGGGUUCAGUUGACUAGAAGACUUUGCGGUGUGCACAUGCGUUAAGCACUCUAAAUCCGCGAUAUUUAUUUAGUAUUUCUCGAGCACUUGGUGGGAAAAGACGGCUUUCCCAUUUCUUCGAGUUGCGAUUGAAGUUUUAUUAGCCUGACUUGUGGAUUAAUCAGCCAAAAUCAAAGACUUCCUCUUUUGGUAUCAAUUGACACAGACAUGGGCCUCAAAGACUUCUUCCAGCGACUAGAGCCGGUUCAGCUGUAUGUUGUGCUCAUCCUAUCAAUCAUAUAUCUACUCGUUCAGCUCUUCUUCAGCCACAUAACCCAUGCUCUCACACUUUUAGUCAACUCUUAUCACAUGCUCUGCAACAUUAUCGCUCUCACUGGAUGCAUAAUUACCAUUAAGUACAGCAAAAAGGCGUCUGGUUCAAAUGCUGCAUCUCAACCAAAGGGAUCAGCUGACACGAAGGACCAUGAGGGAGGAAUUGAACUGCACUCAAGCGUGAGUGAACAGAGACUGCAGACCAGUGAUGAGCAGAGUGGAAUGCUAAGGAAUACCUUCGGAUGGACGAGAAUUGAUCUGCUAACCAUGAUGAUCGUCUGCAUCUUCCUGGCAUCUCUGUGCUUCUCCCUGUUGGUUGAAGCUCUCCAGACUCUCAUUCACAUCGACUACGCCGACACAAUGCAUCAUCCUAUCCCAGUUCUGAUUGUUGGAGCCACGGGACUCAUCCUCAAUGGCGUCUGUUACCUUCUGAUCGGUGGCUACACGUUCCACCAGGGCAGUUUCUUGCACAUCACUUCGAGCGGGAAUGUUGUACUUGAUCGCGUUGUGUCAGAAAAGUCUGUCCAGAAGGGCGAAAGACGUCUGUCCCGGACCAAGAAAUACCAAGUUAAUGUGAUCCAACAGGAUAGCUCUAAUCGACAAAGUUACAUGGAAAUCUCCCGAGAUAUCUGCAGCUGCGUCUUUGUGAUCGGUUGCUCCAUCAUCAUCUUUUUCGCCAAUGAUGAAGAAGUUACCAAGUACAUCGAUCCUGUGAUCUCAAUUCUCUCCUGCAUUGUCCUUCUGGUUUUAAGCUAUCCUUACAUGAAAGAAUCUGGAUUGAUACUGCUCCAGACAAUUCCUGGAUCAAUUGACAUUGAGAACUUCAAGAAUACCCUCCUGACCACAUUUCCGGAGAUCGACAAUGUCCAUGAUCUGCAUAUUUGGCAAUUGACUCGAAGCAAGUACGUCUGUACGGCUCAUGUAAUCUUCCAGGAUCCCAAGACUUAUGCCCGAAUCAUGGAAGAUGUACUGAACUUCUUCCGUGAUCAGGGCAUUACAAUUGUCACCGUUCAGCCGGAAUUUAAGGAAAAGUCCAGGAGUGAAUCCGUGGACAGGAGAUCGGUCUCAGUAACAAGCUGCCUGAUGGGCUGCCGAGAUAAUUCCUGCAUCGAUAAAUCCUGCUGCAAGAGCGAUGAGCUGCUCGUUCCAGAGAUUUGCCAUCAUAAUCCUAAGGCACCCAAACAACCAGAAAACUGCCCAAAGACCAACAGCCACCACCUGAAGAUGGAGCAGGAGCAGAAGGAGAACACCAGUAUUAGCCUCAGUAAUAUUAAUCAAAUCAAUUCGACCCAAUUGCGGAAAUACAAAAGUGAACCACAUUUAUUUGCCUAUCAUCCAAAGACAAUUUCUUAGAACGCAGACUCUAAAAUAAAAGAAUUCUACGGGUUUUUCUAUGCAUGGAAAAAAUACAUUUCCACUAAUAAUAAUUCUCAGUGUGCCACAUAUUGCAAAAAAGUCUUUGAGAUAACUUUUAAAAAUUUAUUCAAUUGAGAAUAAACAGUUUUAACAAGAGUCAACAUAUCGCUCCACUUUUCCUAGAAUUUAUUUUUUUAACAGAAAAUAUUUGUACAUUUUGAAAAUAUUUGAAAGGAGGAAGCCGAAGAAGCACAAUAAGUUCCUAAAAUAGAGAGUUGAAUGAUAAAUUUUGUUGAGAUAAGUUUUUCAAAUAAAAUUCAAGAAACAGA